AGCACUAGAUUGUCUAGAUCUAGUUUCUAGACCUACUAGUAGUACUACACCUACUUCACCUAGUGUCUGAGUAGUAGUUACUAGUCACACUAGUGAGUGUAAGUGAGUGAGGCUAGUGUCCUAGAGUAGACUUCAGUACUGUCAGUAAACUUGAGACUAAUAAAAAAAAAACUAGACUAGUAACUUAUAUUACUUAUGGAUCAAAUUUUUAAUACCGCAAAAUUAAAAAUACAAAAGUGGAUUAGUACUGUUCAAAACAUGAGUGAAAAGACAUUUCUUAAAAUAAUCAGAAAGACACAAAAAUAAAGGAUAGAGCAUGGUGGAUCAAGUUUCGCAGUUAUCAAGACAUUUUAAAAAAUCAUCCUACAUAUUUGUACUGUGAACUGAUCUUCUAUCUUCUUGGAUUCAUCACCUUUUGUCAUGCAAUGCGGAAUGGAGGACGUUACCGCUGGCUCUGGUUUGCUGCUGUUGCCCAUGGCUUGACUGUCGAGUCCCUAAGCUACUUUGUACCUGAUAUUGACAAUUUCUGGCAUGCCCAGUCUAUGGUUAUGCUUUUAGGCCAACGCUUGCCACUACAUAUUAUCAUUCUAUAUCCAGUUUUCCUGUAUGUUGCUGUGGUUGCAGUUUCGCAUAUGAAUUUACGCUGGUGGGCUGAACCUUGUGCAGUUGGUCUGACUGCUUUGCUCAUGGAUAUUCCUUUUGACAUCAUGGGAGUAAAAAAUCUUUGGUGGACCUGGCAUGAUGAUGACCCAAACAUAUAUGACCGUCAUUAUGAUGUGCCUUGGACAUCUUACUACUUCCAUGCUUCUUUUGCUGCAGCCUUUACUUUAAUUUUCUUUGGUGUCAGAAGAUUUUUUUGUAAGACUGUAUCCAAGUUUCAAAGUCAAGGAUUUUUUUGUGAGCUCACUGUUGUAAUCAUCACUGGUUUAUUUUCCAUGCCACUUGGCAUUUUGCAAUUCAUUCCUGUGUAUCAUCCACUUCAUGAUUUGUAUGGCUUGCACUCAGAAGUUUGUGUGCUGCUCUUUUUGACAUUCUUCUUUUUGCUUGUUUGGAGUGCUGACAGACAUCCUUUUGAACAUGCAAGAGUACCCAAAUCUAUGACAGAUAAGUUCAACCUGAUUGCAUUGACUGUACUGAUACACUUUGGAUUCUAUAUCUACAUUGUGCUGACUGCUAAACCUGAAAAUAUCAAAUCAGUUGGUUUCCAUCAGCCUGUUGGUGCUUGUGAUGUUCCAGUCGACGUAGCUACUCCUCUUGGUUAUUCACUGAAAAAGAACAAGUAUUUGUGCGUUGAACGCUAUUUUGAGGAAUAUUUUGACUUUCAUUGUGUCAAAGCACCCCCUGUCUCAGGAAAGGAAUGGUAUACAAUCUGUGGAACACCUUACAAGAAUCAUGCUGAGUACAUCAUAGUAGUUUCUGCCUUUAGUUUUAUUGGCUUGGUUUGGUUUUGGCAACUGUUAAACAAAUCUGGCAAACUUCCCAAAUCUGGUAAAACUACUGUUCGUGGAGUAAAACAGCAUAUAGAAUAAAAUGACAAACAUUUAUUUGUCUAAUAAAUGCUUGAUUAUUGAGAGAUUAUUAUUUCCUUAGUUUCCAUGUCAUUAGUUUGCUGUAAAAAGUAUAUUUGAAUUGAAAGUUACAUGUUUCUGUAAUGAAUUUGGUGUAGAUGCCAUGUCUAUUAUAGGGCAAUUAGGUUUUCAGUUUCAGCAAUUUUAGAAGAUAAAUGCUUUACUAAAGCUUUUGGUUAGAUUACUAUUGUAAUGGUUAAUUAUUUUAUUUUAGAUAUCUUAUUUAUUUAAUAAACUUACAGGCUGAGUAUAUAAUACCUUUAUUCCUCUUGUUAUAUCUAUAUGCUUGAUUUUUUUAAAAAUUUACAACACAACAUAUAUUUGUAAUUUACAAUUUAAUUACAUUCCUCUGAUUUUUUUGUUAUAUGUAUUUUAGAUUUUGUAACUUUAAAAAACAAUAAAUAUUAAAAUCAUCAAACCAGUUUUGAUUGAAUGCAUAAUGUAGCUUUAGUGCUAUAAUAUGGUAUGCUGGUGCCUUUUUUUAUAAAAUAAACUAGCUGGUUUCAAUUGUUUCUUAUGACAUUAUGACGUGUUUGCGCUGAACUUUAUUUUUUAAGAAAUAAAAAAUGCCU